AUGCCACCGAAUUCGGCUACGCGUUGGCUCCCGUUCGUCUCUUCUGACCUUAAGGAUUAUCUUAACCGCUAUUGGGCGGUUAUGUUUACGGUCGGUGCGCGCCCAAUAGAGACGGGCCACAUUCGCCACUACGUGUCAUGGUAUUGUACACGGAUGAAGGUGGUGCUUUUGGACCACCACGUUUACGUGGAACCGUUGCGCCAACAGUUGCAGGAGGUGAGUCGCACCCCUGAGUUACCGCUUCUCUUUGUUAAUAAGAAACUUGUGGGGACACUCCGAGAUGUGGAACUGCUGGAGCGUGAGAAGAAGUUGAAGGAUGUGUUGCAUUUUGGUUUCGAAUGGCGCGUUGGGGGGAGCGUUGCCGCCACGAAUGGACAAAAAUCUCUAAUGGGCGCCCUUCCAGCCCCUUACGGCGAUGCGGAAUUCUUCCGUGGCCGUUACCGUGGCCCCCCUGUUGCGCGCCCGGUUGUGUCCCUUCCAACGUUGCACCCCUUCGCCCUCCGAUCGGAGGAGUGA